AUGGAGUUAGUUGAGAACAAGCCUACCGCUCGUCCAUUCCAAUGUGAUUGGCAAUCCUGCACAAAGAACGCUAAUCAAGUUUCAAAGUCCUCAAGUCUCGCCCGUCACCGACGUGUCCAUAUGGGCAAACGUCCGUACAAGUGUACCUAUGAUGGUUGUUCUAAAAUCUUCUGCAGAAAAGCUACGAUGGUUGAGCACCAACGGCGAUCGCACCAGUACGGAAUGAAUCCCAAUGACAUCCUAUACGAUUGCUCCUCAGAUUCAGAAGACGACGAGCCUCCUUUGACCCCCCAGCACUCUGCAAUGACCUGGUCGCCUCGUGAUGUCAUUUCUAUGGACCAAGCGAUUCCGCGCGGCCCGAUACAUCGCCCGACUUCGUACGCCGACUUUGAUCAACCAGUCCAUGGCCAGCUUAUGUCACAGCAAUACGCCAAUCGACACGGCAUUCCUUCAAAUGUGCCUCGAGAGUCUCACGGCCAACCCAUACCAGGCUAUUACGUCGGUGCUCCAACACCGCGUCGAACCAUGACUACGUCAGGACAAAUACACCAUAUUACUGAGCGGACCAUCGCAGCCCCGAUUCAAACUAGCCCCAGUACCUUUUCUACAACGCCGGCUUCUAGGCCCGAGGUUCAGGCAUGCCUCUGCAAAUAUCUGCUCGGGAAGGAGCCGGAGUACGCGCAGGUGGACUCCCGACAGUCCAUGAUCCAAUAUCAGCAACAUAUACAGAACCUUAUAAGCCAGCCCCAGCAGCCAGUGACCUCUCAGGCGCAGAAGAUUCACGCGCAUGCAGAUAAUCACUCCUUUCAAAUAUCUGCUCAGGCCCAACAGGAAAAGUGGUCAAGUUAUGUCCUUCCGAUCGAAGCCACGACUAUCAGGCAGUUGCCGGCGUUCGGCAACGCGGUUUAUGAUUCUUAUGAAGCAAAAGUCGAAGUUGACGAUCCUUUAAUGGAUAACCUCUUAUGUGCAUGUGCGAGUUCAGAUGAAGUUAGUUGA